UUGACCACGUCGAUACUACAGGACUGUACGGAACAGACCAUAUUCAGGAGGACACUCAGUGGUCCUUACUAGCAGUGACAAAAAAUAUAAAACAGUGUCUAAUAACAAUAUCAUCAGUACUGCCAUUUAUUUAGUAUCGGUACUAGUAAUGGAAUAAUACGUAAUAACGGAAAAGAACGAAGUCAUUCUAUAAGAUUACAGCAGGGGUAAUAAUAACAUAAAAGUCGCCGACAUGGAUAUAUCUUCACUGAUUCUCACAUGUUUUUGUCUGUCGUUGUCGGUUUAUUUCUCCUACUGUCAGAGUAACCAAAAUUGUAAUAUUGAUAAAUUUGAGGUCCAAAGGGACUUUAAUGAAUCAGCGUUUGAAGGUUACUGGUAUGUAAUAUCAGCUAACAGGCAGUUUAAUCCUUUCCAAACAAUGUCCAACAGUAACGGCGGAGGAAUGAAUUCAGGUUUCAUGGGAGCAGGUUCGGGUAUGUUUUCCGGAUUCAAUGUUAGAAUGCCACGACAGAUGCCAUUGAUAAUGCAACGUCAGCUGAGAAAUCUUCGCUACUAUUUCGAAAUGACGUCAGAAAAUGGCACUAUGCUCACAUUAGCAUCUGGAACUGUAAUGGGGAAUCGAUGUUUCUACGCACAAGGCGUAAAUAACCCGCCAAAUGUGUCCAUUCCAGCUAAGACCGACUAUUCAUUCCAGGGCAGCUUGUAUCCUAUUUGGGUGAUCAGUACGGACUAUGUAGGAUACGCAGUUAUCUACUCUUGCUGGGAUACUAACGUGAACGGCGAAUGUAGCGACGACGGCACCCACGUCCUUACUCUCAAUCGCGUCAUGGAAGGCCAUACUCCUGCAGAACUGGCAAAAGUCGAGGAAGCCAGUACGUACGUGUGUUUUCCACCGACAUCCCUGCGGACUGUCCUUCACAACGGUGGUUGUGCUUUCAAUGCCUCAUAUUUCCCACUGGAUGAAUUAUCUAUUAUGAAUGACAUCAAUUACUUUCCAGUGGGUUAGGGUUCUUUCGUCUACAGAAAAUUGACUUUUAUCAAUCAUGCGAAUGUAACAGCAUGUGAAAUAAUAUGCUGCAAUGGAUUUCAUUAAUUUCCUGCCAAACUACGGAACACAUUUAUUUGGUAAUAUUGAAUAAAGCAAAUUUCCAGAAUUGAA